AGAGAGAGUUGACCUGAGGUCCUUGCAGGUUUUACUGUAACUUUAGAAACGGACAGUGAACCAUGUCGGAUGUCGGAUCUGAUGAGUUUGAUGAGGAACGCAGUAAACUGGGGGAGUAUGAAGGGGGCAGAAACGACGCAGGAGAAAGACACGGAGUCGGUAAAGCUGUCCUGCCCAACGGAGACAUUUAUGAGGGACAGUACGAGAAAGGCAGAAGGCACGGACAGGGAACAUAUCGAUUCAAGAACGGAGCAAGAUAUGUGGGAGACUAUUAUGAGAACAUGAAACAUGGACAGGGCUCCUUCUUCUAUCCAGAUGGCUCUAAAUAUGAAGGGUCGUGGGCUGAAGAUCUGAGACAGGGUCACGGUGUCUACACUUAUCCCAACGGAGACACAUAUGAUGGAGAGUGGCUGCAUCAUAUGAGGCAUGGUCAGGGUAUUUACCACUACCAACAGACUGGCUCCAAGUACAAGGGCUCCUGGCUAAAUGACAAGAUGGAGUCAGACGGAGAGUACAUCCACUCUAACAACAGAUACAAGGGGAACUUUGUCAGUAAUAAUCCCUGCGGCUCGGGGAAGUAUGUGUUUGAUAUCGGGUGUGAGCAGCACGGUGAAUACCACCAAGCAGAGCAGGACCGAGCUGAGGGAGAAUGGGGCGACUUGACCUCCACCGUCGUCCUCAAGUGGAUCCCUAAGUGUAUCACCGGUCUGACGCUGUGGUCUCCAGGCAACAACACCUCAGGUGGGGAAAAGGAGAGUGCUCUAGUAGAAGAGAGGGCAGAGAACUGACCUUUGUGAUCAGAAUGCUGCAUUUUCCAACCUUUGUUUACAAAAUGAAAUAAAUACCUUCAUAAAUAUGCAAACUAAAGGUUGAGAUUAUUGCGGUGUUGAAGCAAAAUAAGAGAAAAGAAGAAGAAGAAGAUAUCCCCUGUACACAUGCACGCAGAUAGCACUAGGGACCCUCCCGCCCCAACUGUCCUUACAUAAGGCGACAAACAUCGCAAAACAGAGGAUUAUUCUCCAUUAGUUAGACUUAUUUACAUUGCAGCACAUAGAGUCUGGUGUUUGUGUGGUACCUAAUGGUGCGUUCAAGGUCUACAAGAAUGUCAGAAUCUUCGACGUUGUUCUGAGCUCCAAGUUCCAACUUUUAAUGUAAAUGAACACACCAUAAGGCGGUAUGUAAGAAUGUGUUAGACCUGCCUUCAAAAUAAAAGCAAACACAUGUAGCUUUCAAAAUAAAAGCACAUGGAUGUGUUAGCAGAGUCCACCACAGAAUUUACAAGAAGACUGUCAAAAUAUGACGCCUUAAAUAAAACUCAUAUUCUCCUUUAUAAUAAUUCAUUAAAAUAUGUAAUGAUUUAGGCUUUUAGGGUAGACAUUUCUCCAGGGGUGCAUGCCCCCGGACCCCCUACUCUGUUUGGGUCACACCAUCAUAGUCUCACAAAAUCCUGUGGGAAACACUGGUUCUAAUGGCUUGACAGACUGGAAAGACAAGAAAUCGCCCAGCAGUAUGUUCAGGGUAAUAAAGGAGGAGAGAUGUUUUUGGGUCCUUCAUUGAGUCAGCUUCAAGUCAGUAAAUUUGUUUGGCUGCACUGGGAAUUUCAUGUACAAACUUCUUUUUAUUAAUGUAAAUAUGUUGGUUGUUGUUUUCA